CUUUUCCUUAACCUUUCCUCGACUGAAGGAUCAUUUAGCUGAAGACCAUUUCAGUAUCAACGAUGAGCAAAGUAGUUUUUGUUGGCAAUGUUCCUUAUAACAUGGGAGAGGAGCAAUUGAUAGAUGUUUUUAAAUCUGUCGGACAGGUUGUUGGAUUCAGAUUAGUGUUCGACCGCGAAACAGGAAAGCCUAGGGGAUAUGGAUUCUGCGAAUUCACUGACCACGAAACAGCUGCAUCAGCUGUACGGAAUCUAAACAACGUUGACGUUGGAGGGCGGCCACUGCGAAUAGAUUUGGCUGAUUCAGAUCCAUUCCUUGAAGGAAAGACUACUGUCCGUGGAGAACUUGUCGAUGGUGGUGUCCCAGGACCAGCUGAACAAAGAACGUGGAGUGGAGCCGGCCGAGGCAGUGAAACGGAUGCAUUUCUAGCCAGUCUGCCUCCCGGCAUCAAGUUACCUCCUGGCACGUCGUCUGCAGAUGCUAUCAGCCAUACUCUUGGUACGAUGGCUCCGAACCAACUCAUGGAGGUUCUGGCCCAAAUGAAGGCCUUCGUGAUAACGCAUCCCGAGCAAGCACGAAAACUGCUAGUCGCACAUCCCCAACUUGCUUAUGCGCUCUUCCAAGCUCUCCUGUUGAAUCAAAUAGUGGAUCCUAUGAUUCUUCAACGAAUGCUUGCAGCAACAUCGGCUGCGCCUCCACCUGUGCAACAGCUACCUCAAUCAACGUUCGCGCCUCCCAUACAACAGUUCCCACCACCACAGAACGGCAUGCCACAGGCGCCUGCGCCUUCCAUGCCGAUGUAUCCUCAACAGCAGUUCGUACCACCGCCACAGCCGGCGUCGUAUUACCGUCCUCCACCUCCACAGCAACUUCAGCCUCCGCCGCAGUUAGCUCCUCCCCAACAACAAGCGCCGGCGCCGGCGCAGUCGCAGGAUAAUAUCAGCGAGCAUCAAAGGGCUAUGCUGAUGCAAGUUUUGGCCAUGACGCCCGAUCAGAUUGGUGCUCUUCCCGAAGGCGAGCGUGUGGCGAUCCAGCAACUUCGUGCGCAAUUCUUGGGGUCACUAACUACAUGAGUACUAUUCCAGACAUGUACUAGUCUUUUCGAGGACGGAUUGAGGCUUAGUUAUUUAUAUAAUGAAUCCACAGGUUCGAACUUUGAUACUCGAUGUAUGCUAUUUACAAGUCCAAAAAAAUCAAAAAUUUUACCAUCAUAUCACAGAUUCACAGGAAACUGGAUGGAAUGCCGCAGCGAAUGAUGCUAUUUUGAUUGUACUUAUCAUUUGAAUC